AGCAUGCUAUUUCCCACUCGGCCAGAGGACGAGACACGGUGAGGACCUGCUGUGUCUCAUUCUACCUCCCUCUCCUGUUGUCACCCCCCACUGUGUUUGUCCUUUUAGUUUGUUUUAAUUAGUUUGUUUACACGGUUAGUUUGUUUUAAGUCAUGUAUCGGUAUUUCGGGGAGCUGCUGAGCCGCUCAGCGGGUAGUGUCUUGGCCUCGGGCUGCGUGGACUCCGCUCUCCCGGCGUCCUCCUCCCUGAUGCGGGUCCGUCGCUAUGCCGACGCGGCGGACCAACCCGACGACCCCAACUUCUUCAGGAUGGUCGAGGGUUUCUUCGACCGCGGUGCCGCCAUCGUGGAGGACAAGCUCGUGGAGGACCUGAAGACCAGGGAGACCCCCGAACAGAAGCGGCACCGUGUGCGGGGGAUCCUGCGCAUCAUCAAGCCCUGUAAUCACGUCCUGAGCGUGUCUUUCCCGAUCAAGAGGGAUAACGGAGAGUGGGAGGUGAUAGAGGGGUACCGGGCCCAGCACAGCCAACACAGAACACCAUGUAAAGGGGGUAUCCGUUACAGCACAGAAGUGUCUGUAGAUGAAGUGAAAGCCUUGGCCUCUCUGAUGACCUACAAGUGUGCUGUUGUUGGUGAGUAUUUCUAUCUUUGCUUUGCACUGAUUCUCAUCAGAUCUCUUGACGAUAAUGAGCUGGAGAAGAUCACCAGGAGAUUCACUAUUGAGCUGGCCAAAAAGGGUUUCAUUGGGCCCGGCAUUGAUGUCCCGGCGCCAGACAUGAGCACYGGAGAGAGGGAGAUGUCCUGGAUUGCCGACACAUAUGCUAACACCAUCGCGCACACUGACAUCAACGCCCAUGCGUGCGUGACAGGAAAACCCAUCAGCCAGGGAGGAAUCCACGGCCGUAUCUCCGCCACCGGUCGUGGAGUUUUCCACGGCAUCGAGAACUUCAUCAACGAGGCGUCUUACAUGAGCAUGCUGGGCUUCACGCCUGGCUUCCAGGACAAAACCUUUGUCAUCCAGGGCUUUGGUAAUGUGGGUCUUCACUCCAUGAGGUACCUGCACAGGUUUGGUGCCAAGUGUGUGGGUGUUGGUGAGAUUGAUGGAGCCAUCUACAACCCAGACGGCAUGGAYCCCAAACAGCUGGAGGACUACAAGCUGCAACAUGGCACCAUCGUGGGCUUCCCAGGAGCCAAACCUUAUGAAGGGAACAUUUUGGAGGCUGACUGCCACAUCCUGAUCCCAGCCGCCGGAGAAAAGCAGCUCACUCGCAAUAACGCCCCCAGAAUCAAGGCUAAGAUCAUUGCUGAGGGUGCCAAUGGACCCACCACCCCAGAGGCUGACAAGAUCUUCCUGGAGAACAACGUCAUGGUUAUUCCUGACAUGUACCUGAAUGCUGGUGGUGUGACCGUGUCUUACUUUGAGUGGCUGAAGAAUCUCAAUCACGUCAGUUAUGGAMGACUGACCUUCAAAUACGAGAGGGACUCAAACUACCACCUUCUCAUGUCUGUGCAGGAGAGUUUGGAGAGGAAGUUUGGAAAGCAGGGUGGGCCCAUCCCCAUCGUACCUACUGCUGACUUCCAGGCCAGAAUUGCUGGUGCUUCUGAGAAAGACAUUGUUCACUCUGGGUUGGCCUACACAAUGGAGAGAUCUGCCCGGCAAAUCAUGCGUACGGCAAGCAAGUACAACCUGGGUUUGGACCUGCGGACGGCCGCCUACGUCAACGCCAUCGAGAAGGUCUUCAAGGUCUACAACGAAGCGGGGCUCACCUUCACAUAAACAACCCGUCACGACUCUGCACUGUUCUCCCAUCCUCCACCCUCCUGCUGUUUACCCCCCUGUACGGCUUCCCUCUACCUCCUAAAACAGCCUACAGUACAUAUCAGUUUACCACUGCUCGCUGUGCUUUCAUUAACACACACACUCACACACACUCAGCAACACACCAGUUAGCUUAGUAUUGUUCCUGUGAUAUUGUGCUGCCAUCAUAUUCCUGCAGCUCUAUUAAAAAGCCACCCUGUUCUUUGUUUCUGACUGAAGUUGAGCAGAGGUUCCGCCUUCAGCAGUCAUAUAAAUAAAUGUUAAUAUAGUUGUAUAACAAGCCAUGUCCACAGCGCUCAUGUCCUAAUCGAUGUAUGCAUGUGUGACCUUUGUGUUGCAGUUGUAACAGUUGAUGCCACUAAAGAUGCCUUAUAUGAGGAAGAGGUCGGACCCUAAAGGGAGCUGACCACUUCAGCCUAAUUUUAAUUCAAAGGGAUUUAGAUUUGUGAAUAUAAAUUAAAUAGUUAUUUUAAUUUGUCCUCCUUCUCUGACAGAGUAAAAAGUUAGCAUGAAGUUGUAGGAUCUGGUUUUUUUUUCUCCCUUUAAGUAUUUUUGUUUUUGUCCAGCUACUCAUUAGAUGCUCUUCUUCUAAUUUCUUUCACUUUCUUUUAUACCAGUUGCUUUUUCUUCAGCGCAGCUUCUCCUUGACUUCUCGAAAGAGGAGCAGAGAUGGGCRCCGUCUCAGAUUAACCGUCCUGUUCUUCAGCGUUAAAGAUUUUGGAGGAAAUUCCUUAUUUUUAUUGUGCUCAUUUUUUUGGUAAACCAAUAAAAUGUUCAUAC